CCUGGAAGAGUUGUGACUCUGGUUGAAGAUGCUGAGGGAUGUGUGUGGGGCAUUGCCUACAGAUUGCCAGCUGGGCAGGAAGGUGAAGUGAAGGCAUACCUGGACUUCAGAGAGAAAGGAGGCUACAGGACCACCACUGUCAUUUUCCACCCCAAGGACGCGUCAGUGGAGCCCUUUGACGUUCUGCUGUACAUUGGCACCUGUGACAACCCCAACUACCUCGGGCCAGCGCCACUGGAGGAGAUUGCCCAGCAGAUCCUCAGCGCAGCUGGGCCUAGUGGGAGGAACACAGAGUACCUGUUUGAGCUGGCUGACUCCAUCAGAAACCUCAUGCCAGAAGAUGUGGAUGAGCACCUCUUCUCCUUAGAGACACUAGUGAAGAAACUCUUGGAAAAGCAUCAAAACCUGAAUUGUCUAUAA